AUGAAUUUUGAUGGCUCUGCUCAAUGCAACUAUCAGGAAGGUGGUGGAGUCAUCAAGGAUAAUACGGUCACUCAAGCUGAAGGAAUGGCCCUCCUUUGGGGUCUGAAAAUGGCUAACUCCAUAGGAAUAAAACACCUAGAAAUCGAAGGAGAUUCUCAAAUCAUUAUUGAUUCUACCAAAGGAAACACUUCAGCGGGAUGGAGAGUGGAACCUAUUCCGAGGGACAUCAGGUGCUUUCUGGUCAAAAUGGAGGACUUCACUAUAUGCCACAUCUUCAGAGAAGGAAAUAGAGCCGCCGAUUCCAUGGUGGCUGAAGGAAGGCUGCAGAAUGGCUUACGAUGCUGGAGGGACCCCAAUCUGCUGCCAAUCACCAUUAAAGAAAUCUUGGAAAAGGAAAAAGCCUUUAUCCAAGAAAGGACUGUCCCAUCCGCUCAAUGA